ACAACAACCACUGAGAGGAGAAAUAGUGGAAAAGAUAGGCUAAUGUAGGCUACUGUAAAUAUCAAACCAUACUUGGCCGGUCAGUGUUUAGUGGGGACUAGGGAAUGGUUAUCAGCGCGCCUGGAAACGAUGCAACUUUAUAAUGUGCAGUAGUAGCUUUCAAAGUUUAGAGGUCAAGUUUACAGAAGAGAAGCUUGGACGUUGUAAACGCAGAGACCGUCAAGAUGACGAAUGAGAAUCUGCGGCAGAAACAAUGUUUCCACUCUGCAUCCUAGGAUCAUCAAUUACGCGCGUGUGUAUACGUAUUAUUUCAAGAAUGUGUGUAAUGCAAAAAUAUAAACCAGAGACUAGAGUGCGAGUACCCUAACGACUCUGUCCAAGUGCACUCUAAAAUCAGUAAAAAUGCACGCAGUUACCAGCCUCUCAAUGGUCAGUUUGCUAAGUGUUGGCUACCUAUCCAUGGACUGGAUCAAGCCGAAUCAAGUGGAGGAGCACACUCAAAACGAUGCCUCUAUUACGUUUGAGCCUAAGCAACCACCACACAUUAUAUUCAUACUGACCGACGACCAAGGCUUCAAUGACAUAGGUUAUCACAACCCGGACAUUCGGACUCCAACUCUGGACAAACUGGCCGCGGAGGGGGUGAAGCUGGAGAAUUACUAUGUUCAACCUAUCUGCACUCCGUCACGCAGUCAGUUGAUCACGGGCAGAUACCAGAUCCACACAGGCCUCCAGCACUCUAUCAUCCGGCCUCGCCAGCCCAACUGCCUCCCUCUGGACAUGACCACGCUCCCACAGCGGCUGCAGGAAGCGGGGUACGCUACUCACAUGGUGGGCAAAUGGCACCUUGGCUUCUACAGGAAGGAGUGUCUGCCCACGCGCCGAGGCUUCCACAGCUACUUUGGCUCUCUGACGGGCAGCGUGGACUACUACACGUAUGGCUCCUGUGACGGACCAGGCCUGUGUGGCUACGACCUCCACGAGGGUGAAACCGUGGCCUGGGGCCGUGGAGGCAAGUUCUCCACCCACCUCUACACGCAGAGGGUACGCAAGAUCCUAUCCACUCACGAUCCGUCCCACCAGCCCCUGUUCAUGUUCCUCUCCCUCCAGGCUGUCCACACGCCCCUUCAGUCACCCAAGGCCUACAUCUACCCCUUCCGCGGGAUGGGGAACGUAGCCAGAAGGAAGUACGCAGCCAUGGUGUCCAUCGUCGACGAGGCUGUGCGCAAUGUCACCUACGCUCUGCGCAAGUACGGCUACUACCGCAACAGUGUGCUCAUCUUCUCCACGGACAACGGUGCCCAGCCGUUCACUGGGGGGAGUAACUGGCCCCUGCGAGGGCGUAAGGGGACCUACUGGGAGGGAGGGGUCCGUGGGGUGGGCUUCGUACACAGCCCCCUGCUGCGUCACAAGCGGAGGGUUUCCAAGGCCCUCUUGCACAUCACUGACUGGUACCCAACCCUGGUUGGUCUGGCUGGGGGUAACGUGUCACAGACUGAAGGUCUUGACGGCUACAAUGUAUGGCCAACUAUCAGUGAGGGCAGGGAGUCCCCACGCCUGGAGAUCCUCCAUAACAUUGACCCACUCCACCGGCGCUCUGGCCUGGCGUCUGGGUCUGGACAGGAGGCCCAGCAUGUGUGGGACACCUCGGUCCAAGCUGCCAUCCGGGUGGGGGACUGGAAGCUGCUAACAGGGGACCCGGGCCAUGGAGACUGGGUCCCACCACAGGUACUGGCCAACUUCCCAGGCAGCUGGUGGAACCUGGAGCGGAACACUGAGGGAACAGGGAAGUCUGUGUGGCUCUUCAACAUCACAGGAGACCCCUAUGAACGCAGUGACAUGGCUGUGCAGAGGCCUGAUGUGGUCAAGAAGCUGCUAGAACGUCUGGCCUACUACAACUGCACUGCCGUCCCUGUUAGGUUCCCCACCGACGAUCCCCGGGCCAAUCCAGACCGCAACGGGGGGGCCUGGGUACCCUGGGUCGGGGGGGAUGAGGACGAGCCGAAAUGGAACGGGGUUUAUAAGAAAGGGAGGAAUAAAAAGAAGAAGAAAUGCAAGCUGUGCAAACUGAGAUCCUUUUUCAAGAAACUGAAUACAAGGAUAAUGUCCAAUAGAAUAUGAGGUGGGAAAGUCGAUGACACUCAGUCACAAGUAGCCUAUACAUUUUACACUGCAAGAGUAAUCUGAGCCAGCAAACACGAUGUGUGUGUGUGACAAUGGAAAAUGAUGUUUACUACACUGCAUCUCUUUGAGUGUGCUGUCAUAUGUUUUUUGGUUGUAGGACUAUUGGGUUCUAUUGUGUUUAUUACAUGUUCUAUUUGAUCCACUUGUAGUGCAUAGCUAAGUGAAUUCAACAUGUUUAUGUUGACCUACUCACUUGGGGUUAUUUCAGCAGUAGUGACAUGAACUGACCUGUUUUUCUUUUCUAUAUUUUUGAAAAUAUCUAAGUAAAGAAACAACUGUUUUAAUUCAACAGAAGCUAAUGGGUGAUUCCUCGUGAAAUUAGAACAAAUCAAGCUCAUGAUUUUGGGGAGUUUCAUAUCAUUUAAUCGAUAGAAGAGUCCUUUGGAGGAAGGAUUGUUGACAUGUAUUUGACAUUUGUAUCUUUUUUGGCCUUACCCGGGCCUCUUUUUAAAGCUGCGAUCCGCGAUAGGCAAAACAGAGCCAUUGGCCGCACCAAGCGCAUUUGUUUUGUAAAAAAACAUUUGUAAAUCAAAUCAAAUGUAUUUAUAUAGCCCUUUGUCCAUCAGCUGAUAUCUCAAAGUGCUGUACAGAAACCCAGUAUGCAGGUGUUGAAGCACGUAGGCUAGGAAAAACU